AUGCAUGGAUUUUGGCUCACCAACCAUCUGUUCAAAAAAAACCCGGAAGACUCAAGAUAUCGCUGGAGAUUUUCAAGAAGUAAAAUUACAACUAAAGUUCUCGACAGUAUGGCCCUCGUUUUCAUAUUUCCAACCUAUCAUCCAACUUGGUAAGCUUUUCGAAAUUAUUUUUCUUCUCUACAAAGAGUCAAUUACGACUUUGAAGAAUUAUUUUCUUUAGAAAAUCUCAACUUUUUUUAUAACAAAAUACUCUUUCGCCUGCAUGCUUCGAUUGAUUCUUACUGAUGGUGUACUACAAUUUUUUUGGUUUUUAAAAUUCGCUGUCGUCCCCAUGAUCAGGCGUAAUCUUCUGUUACUUUCUUGUCAUAUUUUUAGGUUCAUUUUCCCUUUUAAGAUGCGUACUUAAUUGAUCAAUGCAUAUUAAGCAAUAGGAUAGCCAUAGAGUAUCAAAAGCUUAUUCUGGAGACUCGACCAGCAAUAGUUUCAGGAGAUUCGAAAACAUUUGCAGAUACACUGGAUAUCAGGCAGACAUUAAAGACUUUUUACUUGUGACUUUUUUUCUGUGGAUUGAAGUCUCAGUAUUCAAAUUAUAUGAUAUAAUGAAAGGUUAUUUGUUCAUACUUUGAGUUAACACAUAACAUAACGUAAACUUUAUUUAUACUCAAAUUUAGAGUAGCUAACAAGCCAUAUAUCUUCGAGCUGAAAUACAAUACGGUAAACCAUGCUAUUCUUCUUUCAAAACUUCAAGCGUAUGGUAUCCGUGAUUCUGCUAGUCAAUGGUUCUGUUCUUAUUUGAUACACAUGUGUAUUUCUAUACGGAACAUUCACUAAAAAUCAGGGGCACCCAACGAGAAUAUGAGUUCAAAACCACUUAAACGUAGCAAUGUUAAACGUAUUUUAGUAUUUAAACGGUAGAUAUAGGCAUAUUUUUAUCCCCUAAAAAUUUUUCAUCUGUUCGGAUUUCCUAGCUGAAAGUCUAGUGAUCCGAAAAUUAUGGGGAUCAAAACUUACCUUUUCGAAAAUUUCAGCCAGAAAAAAGGCUCCCGAAAAUUCUAGGUGACCUUUUUAGGGUAAAAAUCCGUUAAAAAUAGGCAAUUAUACCAUUUUUAGAUGUUCGAAAAUCCUAGGAGAGGCAGGCAAGCAAGAAAUUUUUGCAACAAAUGUUUAGAAAAUUCUAGAUGUAAAAUCGUCUUCCGAACAGAUAUUCUUCCGAAAAUUGUCGUUGGGUGCCCCUGAAAAAUAUACACUGCUAGCACUGAGUCGGAACUGAGUAAAUAUGUUGCAAAUUUCAAGUCAUCACCGAUCUGUGUAUUAGACAACUCAGUCUCAGAAAUCACCCAAAAUAACCAUUUCCUUUUGUUUUAUUUUCAGCUACAGCAGUUACUAUAAUCAAGACGUCCCAGGUUAUGGGCUUUUGCGUGACUUAUGGAGAGACAUAGCUCUUUCCUUUGAGGAACAAGAGCGAGACAUAUGCUGUCAGCAAAGGAAACACUCCGGCCUUGUCACAAUCGCUUCACUGCCACUCAACCAGUACAAACCAGAAGAAAUUUCUCUUGAUGUUGAUGGAGAAAAUAUAACCUUACACGGCCAGCAUCGAUCCGAAGGAGAAGAUGGAUUUGAGAAUAGUGAGUUCAAAAAAAUCAUUAAGCUCCCGGAAGACGUAGAUCCCACAACAGUGACGUCACGUGUAGCUAAAGAUGACAGCUUUCUUGUCCUCGAAGGCGUCAAACGAGUUGAAGAGAAAACAAAAACAGACGACGACAAGUUCGUGGUUAGAUUGAAUCUGCGUGGAUUCAAACCAGAAGAAAUCAAGGUCCAACUUCGUGGACAUGAGCUCACGGUCACAGGAAAACAUAGAUCGGAAGAAGAUGGUUCAUAUUUUUCACGUGAUUACAGCCGUCGCGUUUUGUUGCCUGACGACGCAGAACUCAGUUCAGUGACGUCACGCUUGACCAAAAAAGGCUUGCUAACCAUAGAAGUGGCACGUGACCCAGCUUUGUUACCAAGUGAGAGAAACGUGGAACUUUCCAUGGAAGUUGAUGAGCCACACCCUGAAGAAGAAGAAAAACAGGGAGCAAGUGAUAACAGACAAGAAUGGAAAAAAAGCUGCAUAAACUGCGUUUGCAGAUUGCAAGCCGUAACUCACUGCUAA